GGGCGCUGCCUUCUGGCCCGGCCCCUCCCCCGGCGAGGAGCAUUCCGCCGGGGGCGCGGGUUGGGCUGGGCUAGGCCUUCGCGAGCCGCCCCGCGGGUGGGCGGCGAGAGGCGGAGAUGAGCGGCGCGGAGCCGGCCGGGGAGGAGGCGGGUGCCGCGCUGGAGGCCCCCGACCCGCGGUCGCUCACGCCAGGCUCUAAUGAUGCAUCUCCAGAUGAAGGACUAGCUGAAGAUCUGUGUCUUGUAGAUGAGAGAGCUGUGGAGCAGCUAACUGAAGGAUUGAUUUCUCAUUAUUUGCCUGACCUUCAGCAAUCAAAGCAAGCUCUACAAGAGCUCACACAGAACCAAGCAGUGUUAUUAGACACAUUAGAGCAAGAAAUCUCAAAAUUCAAGGAAUGUAAUUCCAUUCUUGAUAUCAACACCUUGUUUUUAGAAGCCAAACAUUAUCACAACAAGUUAGUGAACAUUAGAAAAGAGAUGCUGAUGCUCCAUGAAAAGACUUCAAAGUUGAAAAAGAGAGCACUAAAACUUCAGCAAAAGAGGCAAAAGGAAGAACUGGAACGAGAACAGCAACGUGAGAGGGAAUUUGAAAGAGAGAAACAGUUAACAGCAAAGCCAGCUAAAAGGACAUGAAAGCAGAACGUGCAGCAGUUUGUCUAAACUAAUCACUUUUAAAUUCUCUGGACUUGUUAAAAUAGACUUAAACUGGUGAGCUAGAGUUGUUACAGGCAAGAGUUUACUGUAUAGUAUGUAAACUCCAAAAUGCUAAUAACCAAUCAGUAAAUCACUACUUUUCCACUUCAGCCAUUCAGGAUGCCUUCUUUUCCAAUGCUAUGCAGUUUAGUAUUGUUAUAAAGUAAACUUGGUUCUGGUACAUGCAGGGAAUUUAAGCAUCACAAUUUGAAUUACAUACCUGUAUGUUUUUCCACCUGUUUUAUUGAUGUCCAGAAUAUUGGCUGAGAAGUAGAUGUGUACUCUCUUGGACUAAGUUGAAUGUGGUGGGUGCAAUUCUGGGAGUUGACUUCUGGUCUGUGGGCACUGAGUGGACCCCUGUAAUGUUGCUUCUGAUUCAGGUAUUUUUGCUUCCUUGUUGGGGUGCUCUCAGUCAAAUUCUGGCCAUGUGUGCCAGUUGAGUAUUGUGGAUCCUCUCCCCACAUUGCUAUGUGAAGAAUCUCUUUAAACCAUAUCAUAAUAUGUACUGACCCUGUGCGAGAAGUCCAAAUAGCAUCCUCCUACUGGCACCCCUUUCUCCACAUUACCCAUGCUUAGGCUGAAGAGUCCUGUCUUUAUGGAGUUGGGGAGCCCCAUAGUAUAUUUGGUUGACGUCUUUCAUGUUACCAAAUUUUGUAGCAACGCAGUUUUAAGAUCACUUCAAAGUGCCUCCUUGGAUGACCUUAAUUUAAACUGGCAAAACUGAAGUUGUGGUAAUGCAUAGAAAUGGAGACUAGUAAGAAGCCGAAUCAGUUGUAUUAUUAAAUGAUCUCUAUGGGUUUAAAAACUGUAGGUCUCAUUGCUUUGUAUUAAACUCUAGCACAUAUUCAACCAUAUGAUCAGGAAAAAUCCUUGCAGGAAAUUGCUCAUACAGUUGUUCCAGGUAAACCCUUAGACUUAAAUGAGAUUUGAGUCAUGUGGCUGCUCACUUUUCACUGCUCUUGUUGACAACUGGUUUUGAAAAAAACAGUAUCCAUGGUCUCUCUAAGUAAGGAGGGAGUAUUAACAUUUGUUUCUCUGAAUGUAAGUUUUGUAUAAAAAAUUUGGUACAGCUGCCUGUUAAAUGAAAUGUAUGCAUUAUCUAGACUGUAAACUAUUCUAUUCCUGCAGAUGAACUAGUUUUUUUUACCUUGGUAUUCUUUUGAGUUAACUUAAGUGAACAUAUAUUGUCACCUGAGCUGACAUCUAUCAAAGUAAAAUUAAGAGUAAAUUCUGUAAAAUUAUUUACAAAAAUAUAUGGCAAGAUAUUAAAGGGACACAAGCAACUUAAAUUGAAUUGGUUUUUAAAAAUAAAACAAAAGUUCUAAAUGCUAUGUAAGCCUGCUCUCAUUUCCCAAUUUUUAUAAUUUUACAAUCGCAUUUUGCCCACUUUUAAGCUUUUCCUUGCUAUGUAUAUGACCUAUUCCAACAGGUGUAAUAGCAAAGCCAUGCAUUAAACACAGUUUAAUGCAUGAAAUGAACUGGGAUGGAGAGAACUCUUAAUUCUCCAGUUACACUAAUCUGAGGAGAGAUUUCUUUCAAUAACGGGUUCAAAAAAUAAAGCAGGGUUUUUUUUUAAGUUGUUGUGUCCCUUUUAACUGCAAGAGAAUGGCUGAGUAUGCUGUGGUUUUUAUGUGUUUCUAAGAGAAAUGUACAAAAAAACCCCCCUAAAGUCCAUUUUUGGAGCAGAAUGUAUAUAAAUAUUAAAAUAUUUAAUUUUGUAAGGUAACUAUAAAAUUAGUUCUUAUUAAAGUAUAGGAAGAAACUAGAUGUGUCAGUUAAAAUCAAAAUUGAUUUCCUUUGUGAAAACUUACUGGCUUUGUGUCAUCUGAUGGAGCUUAAUACUAUGUUUUUUCCAGAGCAUUCAUCAAUAAAUGGUUUCAGCUAUAAGAGUGGGAGAGAGUACUGCCACACUGGCAAGCAUAGAUUAUUUUUAAACGUAAAUAAAACUAUAUUCAUUGAUA